AUGAAUUUCGUUCAGGGGGUUUUCCCCCGACCACAUCUACCACCACCAAUUCUACCGCAUAUACAAGAAGAACUACCACAACAACACUUACCCGGCAAGGAAUUGACACCAUCGGAAUAUAUGGUGGAUUUGACCAACGAUCUAGCCUAUCGUGUAUUACACUAUCAUUCCAUAUUAAAUCGUAAUAAUUUUGCAUUUUCUCCCACCGCUCUAAUGAGUGUUCUCGUUGCCAUUUAUGAAGGAUCGGCUGGACGGAGUAUGACAGAAUUGAAAAAUGUAUUACAUUUACCCGAUAAUCAUGAUAUUAUACGUGUAGGAUAUCGUGAUAUUCAUCGUCGUUUGAGGACUUAUUUCUUUGAUUCUGACAAUCCACUGAAAGGAUUGAGUUUAAAUAAAGAAAAUGUCACAAUAACGCGAGAUUAUGAAGCUAUUCUAAUUUAUGGAUAUGAUUUGGGCAUAGACAUGGUGUCUUCGACAGCAGUGCCAACAACCACAACUCCAGCUAUAACUACAACACAGAAAACGGAUAUGUAACAAACAUCUUCAGAAGCCACCACACUAGAGGCAACAACAAUUAAGACUUUAAAUAUGGAAACUACAACCACUCCAAUGACAACAAUAACAACAACUCCAAUAACAAUUAGCUCAGAAACAACUACAGAAGCACUAAAGACUAAUACAGAGGUUAUUACAACAACUACCGAGGAAUCUAUAACAACAAUGAAACCUGAGGAAACGACAGAAAUGACGAGUGAGAAACCCAAUGAAGAAAAUACAACAGAAGCAGCUGAAACUACUGACACCACUACAGCCACUGAAAUGAUAACUGAAGAAGUAAAAACAGAAGCAGAAACAAAUGAAGCUGCUGAAUUGAUAUCAUCAUUUGUAGCUGAAGAGAAUUCCGAACCAUUUUUACGCAUACAAAAGGCACGAGUCACUAGAUUACCCAGUGCCAAAUUACAAGCACCCUUAACAACUAAAUCUAAACUCCAGACCAACUAUUUGCCAGCACAAAGAAAAUCCAGUCGUCUUACUAGUCGCAAUAAACGUCAUUUAUUUGGUUUUAAAGAAUUCGAUAGCAAUCUAUUCGUAACUCUCUUCAAUGCCGAAUCACAAUUACACAAUCCUCUAAGUACUGGAUCAGCUCUAGCCGGAUUACCUACUUAUGUCCAAGUAUCCAAUGAUUACGAAGUAGAGAGAUCCAAUUUCAUAGUUACCGCACAGACUUCGUCCAAUUUAAAACAGAAUUAUAAUACCGAUGUUAUCAGUCAUGUCUUCUAUUUAAACAGUCAACAUGUCAUCUAUACCACAUUUAAAGUAUAUAAUGCCGUCUUGUAUUAUAAAUAUUUUGAGCGUUUACGUUUAAGUGUCUUAGAAUUGGAACUGGAUACAUCAGAAUAUAAUUUAAUUAUAUUAUUGCCUGAUUAUAAUACAGUAGUGGCAGCAGCAGCAUCUUUACGUUCUGGUCCUAAGUUGCGUCUCAUGCGUAAACAAUUAAAACAAUGGGUACAAGCUAUAAUACCCGAUUUUAGAUUGCAUGGAACUAUGUUUUUAACAAAUGAUUUGCAAAAUCUUGGCAUUUGUGAUAUUUUUGAACCAAAUCGUGCAGAUUUUCGUCCAAUGACAGAUGAAACAGGCACCUACGUCAAACAUAUCGAACAGUCGAUAAAUGUACAUAUACGAACAAAUCCCAUCAAUCAGUUAAGACGCAACAAUGGAGCACAGACACAACCCAUACAAAUAUCAGUAAAUCAUCCGUUUAUGUUUUUCAUUAUUGAUCGUGAUUUGGAUGUUGCUGUUAUGGCUGGACGUAUUUUAAAUCCUCUUAAUGUACGCGUUCAAUAA